AUGUCCAACCAGCAGUACUACCAGCAGGGCCCACCGCAGCAAUACGGCCAGCCUCAGGGCUACCCCCAGUACCCGCAGCAGGCAUACGGCCCGCCGCAGCCACAGGCUGGCUACUAUCCGCCUCAGGGCGGUAUGCAGUACCAGCAGGCGCCGCCGCCGCAGCGACAGGGCGGUGGUGACAGCUGUCUGAAGGCUUGCAUGGGCGCAGCGCUCUGCUGCUGUGUCUGCGACGAAUCUAUGGACUGCUGUCUCGACUGUUGCGAAAUGUGCUAG